AAACUCGAGAUCGAAACGGGCACAAACGGCUGUGCCAGUUGGGAUUGUGAAUACCACUCUCCCCAUGCAGUGAUUUUCGUCGUGUAAUGAUGUGACAGCCCAGCAUGAAACACAGGGGCGCAUGCAUCCCUCAUCCUCCCCAUGCACACCCAUCACAGCCAACUCCUGCCGCCCUAUCAAUGCCCUCCCCUCCCCAUCACCGUCGCAUUCCAAUCAGCGCCUCACCUCCCCAAGCCACCUCACGCCAUCGCACAGUAUCAGGGACCACGAGAACCGAUCCCGUUCGCCCUGCCAGUUGUCCAGUGGUCGUCAGCGGGGAAGCGCCAGGGUCAUCGUUACCCCGUAAUCUCGCGACGCUAGCUGACCACGUUGUCCGCCCCUCCUCUCCUGUGGGCGCGAAAUAUGUAUAAAUUGGCGGGGGAGGGGGGGAUAACCGGAUACCUGGGAAACUUUCUUCGUCGGUUGUUGAAUUUAUUCUACUGCACAGUACGGCACUGUAUAGUACCUUGCUUAAGUUUGUUCGCAAGGCAGGAGCGAUUGACAGGGCGGGAUCUAAGGGUAACUACUCAAAGGAAAAGGGCCAGCCGGGUGUACCUGCCGUGCCGCGAGUCAUUGAGACCCUACUUUCGGGAACUAUCUCUCAUAUCUUCUCUUUAUCUCCACGGCGCAUCGUACGAUUCUGCGGCAGCGCUCCCAAAACCGGGGAGUUUACUGGGAGCCAGACACGACCCUACGAUUAUUCUUACGACCGCUCAUUCAGCACCACCCCCCCAAACCCUCGCUCUCAGUCUCCCAGCGCAUCUCUCCAACCCGCCGCGCAUCGUAUAAUGCGCCCUGCCCCCCCAACACACCACCCCCACCACCAAAAUGCGCAUCGGCUGCCUCCAAUUCGCAGCCCAGCUCGGCGAAGUCAAACCCAACAUCGCCCUCGCCGACAGCAUCCUCACCCUCUCCGCACCACAUAACCUCGACCUCCUCGUCCUCCCCGAACUCGCCUUCACAGGCUACAACUUCAAAUCCCUCCACGACAUCGCCCCCUUCCUCGAGCCCACGACCUCCGGGCCCAGCGCAGACUGGGCGCGCGCCACGGCACGGAGGCUAAAUUGCACUGUUGUCGUCGGAUACCCCGAGAGCGUGGACGUGAGCGCGAAAUGGCCGACGUCGCCGGAAUACUACAAUGCAGCUGUGGCGGUGUCGGCGUCUGGGGCGACGCUCGCGAAUUACCGCAAGUCGUUCUUGUAUUAUACUGAUGAGACGUGGGCGCUAGAAGGCCCGGAUGGGUUCUUCCACGGCGAGUUUGAGGGGCUGGGUGAUGUGGCGAUGGGGAUUUGUAUGGAUCUAAACCCGUAUAAAUUCGAAGCCUCGUGGAACGCGUGGGAGUUCGCGUAUCAUAUCGUCCAUGUCGAGGCGCGGGUUGCGAUUGUCUCCAUGGCGUGGUUGACGCGCGAAGAAGCGGGACCGUAUGGUGAGCACCCCAAGGAACCGGAUAUGGAGACCCUCGCGUACUGGGUGGCGAGGCUGGAGCCGCUGGUGAGGAGGGAGCAGGAGGGCGAGAUUAUAGUGGUGCUGGCGAAUCGGACGGGGGUGGAGGGCGACGCGGUGUAUGCGGGCACGAGCACGGUGUUGGGGAUUGAGGGGGGGGAGGUGAGGUUGUAUGGGGUGUUGGGGAGGGGGGUGGAGGACUUGUUGGUGGUGGAUACGGAGAAGGGACCGUUGGGGAAGUUGGUUAGUGUGGCGGCGGCGGCGGCGGCGGGGCAGACGGAGAGUGAUGUGUCGAGGAGUGGGGAGAGUGUGGGGAGUCCGUUGAGCUCGAGGGAGGGGGAUGGUGGGGGGAUGAGCUCGUCGGCGGAGACGUCGGUUUCGCCGGGGAAGUCGGUGUCGCCUCAUUGAUGCUGUGGAGGCAUAUGGGUGGUGUAAAAUUGGGUUUGAAGGGGGGAGUUGGGUGUUUGUGGCGGUUAUGCUGCAUGUGAGCGUUUUUUUGCUUAUUAUUAUGAUAGAUGAAGAGACGACCGAAAACCUAAAUGCAACAACGAUGAUGAAAGA